AUGGCUGAAUCACCGCCGCACCAUCCGCCUCCCGAGCCCGCUGCGGCACCCGAUGUCGAAGCAAACGACUUUGCUGCUCCCUUGUCAGGCAGAGGCGAAAAUCCAUGGUCGUCGCCACCCGAGAGUACUCAACAACAGACGUCUUCAGCCCCACCGCCGCCGCUCAACACUGCAGUAUCCCCCUCCGAGGGCAUGGGCGCCCUCAGCCCUAACGCCACUGAUCGCGUUUUCCCAAUCCGCAGUGUGGUGUCUGUCGAUCCUACCCCGACGCCCACUCAGCGCGGGCAAACCUGGCAAACCGAUUACUUCCACCAGUAUUCCCGACCCUAUGACGGGCGCACACCAACCGAUGCACGCCGACAAUCGCAGGGCUCAACCGCUUCGCAGAAUUCGCAGCCCUCUCAGAGAGCCCCACCACAUCAACAAGCCGCUUCCAGACAGACAUCUGCGAACAGAGGUCCCGGCGGCGCAAGUCGGAAUGAGACGUCACGCAAUGCCCCACCCUCGUUACCUGCACAGUUGUUCAAUGAUUUCGGCUCCAGCAGCUAUACUGACAGCGUUCACGGUAACCCCAGUCGCUCCCCGUCUUUGAAGCCUGAACAGCCUGCCUCCACGGAAGGAGCCUCGAUCAAGAGUGUUGCCAGCAGCCUAGGAGACAUCGGCGGCCUUGUCACACAUCGCUUCAAACAUGUUGUCACAGACGGUGGACAUGCAGUCAUAACAGGCCGGGAUGGCGAUACACUACAGCGUUGCGAAGACGAGCCAAUACACAUUCCCGGCGCCGUUCAAGGCUUCGGGCUCCUUAUAGCACUGCAGGAAGACCCCGGCGGAAGCGGGAGUCUUCCCGUGCGCAUAGUGAGCGAAAACUCUAAGCGGAUUCUUGGGCGGUCACCACGGGAGCUCUUCGCGCUGGAAAGCUUUACUGACAUCUUCUCUGAAGAGCAGGCAGAUAAUCUUCUGGAUCACAUCGACUUUAUCAAGGAAGAGGACGCCGAAGUGCAGACCAACGGGCCUGAGGUAUUUACCUUGUCCAUCAAAUUACCAAAUGCUAGACGUUCGCGUAAACUGUGGUGUGCAAUACACAUCAACGACUCGAAUCCCGGCUUGAUCACCUGUGAAUUCGAACUCGAAGAUGACGACAUUUACCCCUUGGUACCAUCGAACGAAAUGACCCCUGAGCUUCCAGAGGAUACGCUGCAGGGCAAGCCCACCGCCGAAGAAUAUCAAGAGAGCACUGAGAUUGGCAGUCGGCCCUUAAGAGUACUACGGAGUGCUCGAAAGCGCAAGGGAGAAGCAGCAGCUAUGGAGGUUUUUAAUAUCAUGUCGCAAGUCCAGGAACAGCUGGCAGCCGCUCCUGACCUAGAGAAGUUCCUCAAAGUGUUAGUUGGCGUAGUCAAAGAACUGACAGGGUUUCAUCGCGUCAUGAUAUACCAGUUCGAUCAGUCUUUCAACGGCCGCGUUGUGACUGAGCUCGUGGACCCCCGCGCGACGAAGGAUCUUUACAAGGGCCUCAGUUUCCCAGCAUCCGACAUUCCAAAACAGGCCAGAGAGUUGUACAAGAUUAACAAGGUUCGGAUGCUGUAUGAUCGCGACCUUGAAACGGCUCGGCUUGUCUGCCGUAGCACAGAGGAUCUGGAGACCCCUCUUGAUCUAACUCAUUCUUAUCUUCGCGCAAUGUCGCCAAUCCACCUCAAAUACCUCACCAAUAUGGCGGUCCGGUCUUCCAUGUCCAUUUCCAUUAACGCUUUCGGUGAGCUCUGGGGGCUCAUAGCGUGUCAUUCAUACGGUUCGCGCGGCAUGCGUGUUUCAUUUCCAAUUCGAAAGAUGUGUCGCCUUGUGGGUGAUUCGGCAUCUCGCAACAUCGAGCGGCUUUCGUACGCAUCACGACUACAAGCCAGAAAGCUCAUCAACACUGUGCCUACUGAGCACAAUCCUUCCGGCUAUAUCAUUGCUUCCUCGGAUGAUCUGUUAAAGCUGUUUGAUGCGGAUUUCGGAUUGUUGUCUAUCAGGGACGAAACCAAAAUUCUAGGUCAGCUGGAGAGUUCACAGGAAGCCUUGGCGUUGCUGGAGUAUCUCCGCAUGCGGAAGAUAACGGCUGUCCAGACUUCGACCGAAGUUAGUCAAGAUUUUCCUGAUCUUCGCUAUCCUCCAGGCUUCCAGGUCAUUGCAGGGAUGUUGAUCGUGCCGCUAUCUGUGGGUGGCAGUGAUUUCAUUGUCUUCUUCAGAAAGGGUCAGCUCAAGGAGGUCAAAUGGGCUGGCAAUCCAUACGAAAAAUUCAUCAAAGCGGGCACAGAAGGGUAUCUGGAACCGCGAAAGAGUUUCAAGGCGUGGUCUGAGACUGUGGUCGGUAAAUCUCGAGAGUGGACAGAGGAAGAGGUGGAAACUGCAGCGGUGUUGUGUCUCGUUUACGGAAAGUUCAUCGAAGUUUGGCGGCAAAAAGAGGCUGCAUUGCAGAGCAGUCAAUUGACAAGACUACUCCUGGCAAAUUCUGCGCAUGAAGUCCGAACGCCCUUGAACGCGAUCAUCAAUUACCUUGAGAUUGCUCUAGAAGGCUCAAUAGACCAAGAAACGAGGGAAAAUCUAGCUCGAUCACAUUCUGCUUCCAAAUCUUUGAUCUACGUUAUCAACGAUUUGCUUGAUCUGACGAAAACUGAAGAAGGCGGACCUCUGAUUAAAGGAGAGUCUUUCGACCUCAAAGCGACUUUGACCGAAGCUACAAACAUGUUCAUGAGAGAUGCAAAGCGGAAGAACAUCUCAUAUGAUGUUGUGGAGCAUCCAGGGCUGCCUCAACACUGUAUAGGAGAUCAGCGACGAGUACGCCAGGCCAUAUCGAACAUCACCGCAAACGCUAUACAAAACACCACCCAAGGCGGGGUAAAAGUCGAAAUGUAUGUUGCUGCAAGGCGCAGCAACACCCAGGUGGAUGUGGAAGUGGCGAUCUCCGAUUCUGGAGCUGGUAUGAGCUCGAAGAAGCUCGAUCAAUUAUUCAACGAUCUGGAACAAGUCCAAUCUGAACCUGCGGCAAUGCUUGAAGACGCUCUUGUUCCUAGUACCGAACAGUUGCUGAAGGAGAACGAGAAGACAACACUUGGUCUUGGUCUUGCUGUCGUUGCGCGCAUCAUCAAAAAUAUGGAGGGGCAGUUACGACUGAAAUCAGAAGAAGGGAAAGGCUCGCGGUUUGUCAUUCAAUUUCCUUUCGAGUUACCCGAUUCUGAGCCACAAGAGCCUCCUGCUGUUGAAUCGUCAGAAGGGAGCAUAACUCCCUUGCCUGACACUUUAUCACCGGCCGGUGAGGACGGCGAGCGCAUGCUUGUCGCACCGAGUCUUUCACGUAAUGCCUCCGCCGACAGCGACGCUGUGGCCAGAAAGCCGAGUGUAGAGAGUCUGAAUAGUGCCAAGAGCCUUCGAAGCUUCAAGAGCGUCUCUAGCAACAGGAGCCAACGCAGCGAUGUUGACCGCCUAAUCGAGGCCAUACAGGAACCACAUAUGGUAGAAAGACGGCCAAUGAGCGAACGUAGUCCGAGCUCAAAAUCCAUGCGAACUGAUAUUUCGAAAGGGAACAGCUUAGACAGUGCAAUGUCCACUUCACCGCAAAGGAUUCGUUCCAAGAGCUUAGAGCAGGACAGGCAGAUCGUUGUUCCACCCCAUCAAAGGUCCAUGGAAGUUGAAACCCCUGGUGAAGAGACGAUUCAUGGUUCAGGAACAUCGCUGAAGGCCGUCAAAAUGCCGGACGAUGUAGGCUCUCCUAUUGAUCCGCGUCCGAAGUCCGGCACUGUCCUCGGAGAAGUAACAGAUGAACCAGAGAAGAUCUCUACAGGUUCACAGGAGCUUUCUUCCGAGCAUCUGCGCGUGCUAGUUGCCGAAGACGAUCCAGUCAACAGCAGGAUCGUGCAGAAGCGUCUUGAAAAAUUGGGACAUGAAGUGUACCUCACUGUCAACGGAGAAGAAUGCGCCGGCGCUUAUGGCGACAAACCUCAGGACUUUGACGUCGUCCUAAUGGAUAUGCAGAUGCCUAUCGUUGACGGCCUUACCUCCACAAAGAUGAUUAGGUCUUUCGAGAAGACCCACAAAGAUAUCUACUCUCCCCGUGCUGUAAUCAACGGCAGGGUUCCCAUUAUUGCCGUCUCCGCCUCUCUUAUCGAGAAGAACCGCAAAGAUUAUAUGAACGCAGGCUUUGAUGCCUGGAUCCUGAAACCGAUUUCAUUUCCCCGGUUGAAUGAGCUUAUGGCCGCUAGCGUGGAUCGAAAGAUUAGAGAGUCGUGUCUAUAUCAACCAGGCGAAUGGGAAAAGGGAGGCUGGUUUCAUUUAGACCAGAGCACACCGGACGAGGCGUUGACGAUGCCCUCCGGAGAGCCACCGACUGAGAACCUUUCGAAGGGCACCGAAGAAGCCGUCAAAAAUCCGGAAGAUCCUACAGCAGGUGACGAGCCGGGCCGCAUUCCUGACGAACAAGAUCGGCUGCUUCGUGCGCAAGUAAAGGAACGGAAGGGUGUCCACUUUGACGAGAGUACACCGGAACAUGGCGAGGGCGUUUAG